AUGGGUCGACCGCAGGGCAGGCCUCGCCUUGCUCUCGGAACACAAAAGAAGUGGCAUUGCAUUUGCGUCGUUGAAGCGUUUUUGGUGGCUGUUGUUGUCAUGGAAACAGAAAGGUCUGACUGCCUUCACGAAGCCAUUGCACUGUUGGAUCCGAUGACCAAUGACCCGGUUAACUUUGUCCGCCAGGGUGCGCUGAUAGCGUCUGCCAUGAUCAUCAUCCAGCAGACGGAACACACGUGCCCUAAGGUGAAAGACUUCCGUGCGUUGUAUGCCAAAGUGAUUGUGGACAAGCACGAGGAUGUGAUGGCCAAGUAUGGUGCCAUCUUAGCACAGGGCAUCAUUGAUGCAGGAGGUCGGAACGUGACGGUGUCCCUGCAGUCGCGGACUGGCCACACCAACAUGCUUGCGGUGGUUGGCGUGCUGGUGUUCACGCAGUACUGGUACUGGUUCCCUCUGGCGCACUGCCUGGCCCUGGCCUUCACACCAACCUGUCUCAUUGCUCUUAACGCUCAGCUCAAGAUGCCGAAACUUGAGUUCCGUUCCAAUGCUCGUCCCUCGAUGUUUGCUUACCCUCCGCCGCUGGAGGAAAAGAAGCGAGAGGAGAGGGAGAAGGUGACGACGGCCGUGCUCAGUAUCGCCGCUCGGGCUCGUCGUCGAGAGGCCGGACGCGGUCUGCAGCGCGAGUCUGAUAAGAUGGAAGUGGAUGAAGACAAGGAUGAAGGAAAGGAAAAGAAAGAUGAAAAGAAAGAAAAGGAAGACAAGAAGGAGAAAGAUAAGGAUGAGAAGAGAGCAGGAUCUGUUGAGAAGAAGGCAACUACUGCAAUCAAGGAGGAGGAGACCAAGAAAGAACCAGAACCCAACUUCGAGAUUCUGAACAACCCAGCACGAAUCAUGAAGUCGCAGCUGAAGGUUCUGCAGCAGGUUGACGGAGCGUGUUACUCUCCUCUCAAGGAUCUGACUAUUGGAGGAAUCGUUAUGGUCCGUCAUGUGAAACCGGGUGCUGCUGAGGAGCUGGUGGAGCCGGUUGCCGCCUUUGGACCCAAGCCAGAUGACGACAAGGAACCUGAGCCCCCAGAACCGUUUGAGUACACCGAGGACUGACUAAACUGACUCCAGUCAGCCGUGCGUCUGUAUGUAGCACUUGCCGCUUCAGACACGAAGACGUCGGCAUGAAUCACUUAUGCUUUUGUUCCGGCAUUAUGUUUAUUCGUAUGUAUCCCUAUUCAAUCAUUAAGGCACCUGUCAAGUAUUUGGUCUGCUGUUAGCUUGUGCAAUUAACAGACAUUAAUAAAGGUAUAUUAUGAGCAAUCCA